GUUGCCACCUUCAUAUGCCAACAACACCCUCUCUCCCAAAAAUGCAAGCCAAACUUGUUCACAACAGCCCAACAUACAUUCCUCCCCUCAUAAGGCCACCUCCGGUAAACCAAGCCGCCUUGCCGCUGGUAACCAAACCUCGAGCAGUGUCCAUAUCCGUACCCAUUACCAGCAUAGUCGUUCCAGUACCGGUUUCAAUUCCGAUUCCAGAUUCAACGCCGCCAUCUGUAGAGCUUGAUGACUCCAUAGUUGCCCCAUGGGACUACCAAUUCUUAUUCAUGUCACAACGAUCGGAAACCACUCAACCUAUCACCCUACGUGUUGUGGAUGGUGCAGUACCGGCCGAUUUUCCGACCGGUACAUACUAUCUAACCGGACCUGGGAUUCUCUCCGACGAUCACGGAUCGACGGUGCAUCCCUUGGACGGCCAUGGAUACCUAAGAGCAUUCACUUUUGAUAAUAAUGUUACUAACAAAGUCAAAUACAUGGCUAAGUACAUUAGAACCGAGGCUCAAUUGGAGGAGCAUGACCCUAAGACCAACACGUGGAAAUUCACUCAUAGAGGUCCAUUUUCUGUGUUGAAAGGUGGGAAAAAGGUUGGGAAUACUAAGGUCAUGAAAAAUGUGGCUAACACUAGUGUGUUGAAGUGGGGGGAGAAGCUCCUGUGUAUGUGGGAAGGUGGUGAACCAUACGAGAUGGAAUCCGGUACAUUGGAUACGAUCGGGCGAUACAACAUGAUGGACGAUUGUGAUUUGGAUGAUCAUGAGAACCCCGGUGAUCAUGAUGUUUGGGAUGUUGCUGCUAGCUUACUCAAGCCUAUAUUGUAUGGAGUGUUUAAGAUGCCCCCAAGGAGACUCUUGUCUCACUAUAAAAUUGAUUCCGUCAGGAGCAGGCUACUCACGGUAUCAUGCAAUGCAGAGGACAUGUUGCUUCCACGCAGUCAUUUUACAUUCAGUGAGUAUGAUUCUAAUUUCCAGUUAGUACAGAAGCAAAAGUUCAAAAUCCCAGAUCACUUGAUGAUCCAUGAUUGGGCCUUCACGGAUACCCACUACAUAGUAUUUGCCAAUCGCAUCAAACUUGAUAUACCAGGAUCAAUGGCAGCAGUAUAUGGGACAUCUCCAAUGAUAGCAGCAUUAAAAGUGAACCCAAGUAAGAGCACAUCACCUAUAUACUUGCUUCCUCGGUUUCCAGAAAAUUCAAAAUGCAAAGAGAGAGAUUGGAGAGUGCCAGUUGAAGUACCUUCACAGUUGUGGCUGAUUCAUGUUGGCAAUGCCUUUCAAGUUACACAUGCUCAUGGGAAUUUGGACAUUCAAAUACAAGCCACUGCUUGCUCUUACCAGUGGUUCAAUUUCCGCAAAUUGUUUGGAUACAACUGGCAAAAACAGAACCUAGACCCAUCCAUAAUGAAUAUAGAAGGUGACAGUGAGUUAUUGCCCCAUCUUGUUCAGGUAUCAAUAAGAUUAGAUUCUGACUACAAUUGCCAAGAAUGUGAUGUGAAGCCCAUGCAGAAAUGGAAGAAAUCAUCAGAUUUCCCCAUUACCAAUCCUGCAUUUUCUGGCAAGGAAAACAGAUAUCUCUAUGCUGCAACUACCUUAGGAUCCCGCAAAAGCUUGCCAAGUUUUCCUUUUGAUACUGUUGUUAAAUUAGAUCUAGUGAGUGAUUCUGUGCAAACUUGGACUGUUGAUAGUAGAAAAUUUAUUGGUGAGCCUAUUUUUGUUCCAAAAGGAGACCAAGAAGAUGAUGGCUACCUUCUUGUUGUUGAGUAUGCUGUUUCUAAGCAGAGAUGUUAUCUCGUCAUCUUGAAUCCAAGGCAGAUAGGAGCUGAAGAUGCCCUUGUUGCAAGACUUGAAAUUCCAAUGCAUUUAAAUUUUCCUCUAGGUUUUCAUGGUUUCUGGGCACCUAAUUGAAGUCCAAAAUUAAAUUACUGUAAAAUAUCUUUUGUAGUGAAAAAAAAUUAUAUAUUCAACGUUCUUACAAUUGAUAGUAGUGAUA